AAACUUGUGGGAAAAUUGUUAUGAAAUAUUUCUUCAUGUUACUUUAUUUCUAAGACUAUAUGAGAUCAAAAUUUAAAGUAGCUGACUGAUACAGACAUAUCUCAUCCUCCUGUGACUGAAGCAUCACUAAUUCAAAGGGCCAGUUUUCCUGGUAAACACAUUUUUGAAGAAUGACUCAUUUUUAUAAUUCUCUCAUUGUAUGUAGAGAGUUUUUUUUUUCAUUUAUCCUCAUUCACCUAUUUACUAAUACUUUAUAUACUUUGUCCUUCCACUUAAUUUAAAGGUCUUGUUUCAUACUGUUUCCUUAGUGACAAAAAGUUCCAGUUGCCUCUUUCAGUCUAUAACAGCUGCAAGAACAGCCCUCCUUUCUAAACUAGCCAUCCUAAAUUCCAGUUGUGAGAGUGUGUAUCUAUAUUUAGCUAUUAGCAGGAUUAAAUUGCAACGGCCUCAAGCUAAGCAAAGCACAUUGAUCUGCCUUUUUUACAGCUAGACCUGUGUGCUGCACGGAGCUAAGGCCUUCAGUUUCCCCUUCCUCACUCAGGUUACUCACAAAAUGGAUUCCCAGCGGGAACUCGCAGAGGAACUGCGGCUUUACCAAUCUACCCUUCUUCAGGAUGGUCUAAAAGAUCUCCUGGAUGAGAAAAAAUUCAUCGAUUGCACCCUGAAAGCAGGAGACAAAAGUCUUCCUUGCCACCGACUGAUUUUGUCAGCUUGUAGCCCUUAUUUCCGUGAGUAUUUCUUAUCUGAAAUUGAUGAGCAGAAAAAAAAGGAGGUAGUACUAGAUAAUGUGGACCCUGCUAUCCUGGAUUUAAUCAUCAAAUACCUUUAUUCAGCCAGUAUUGAUCUCAACGAUACAAAUGUGCAAGAUAUUUUUGCCUUGGCUAGCCGCUUUCAGAUCCCCUCAGUGUUCACUGUCUGCGUUUCCUAUCUUCAGAAAAGACUUGCACCUGGUAACUGUCUAGCCAUCCUGAGAUUAGGUCUUCUUCUUGACUGCCCAAGACUCGCGCUAUCUGCCCGUGAAUUUGUGUCUGAUCGCUUUGUACAGAUUUGCAAGGAAGAGGAUUUUAUGCAGCUUUCCCCACAAGAACUGAUCUCAGUUAUUUCAAAUGAUGGCUUAAAUGUAGAAAAGGAAGAAGCAGUGUUUGAAGCAGUAAUGAAAUGGGUCCGAACAGACAAAGAAAACAGGGUAAAAAAUCUUGGAGAAGUAUUUGAUUGUAUCCGUUUUCGUCUUAUGACAGAAAAAUAUUUCAAAGAUCAUGUUGAGAAGGAUGAUAUAAUUAAAAGCAACCCUGACCUACAGAAAAAAAUCAAAAUUCUAAAAGAUGCUUUUGCAGGAAAACUCCCUGAGCCUAACAAAAAUGCAGAGAAGACUGGUGGCAGUGAGGUGAAUGGUGAUGUGGGUGAUGAAGAUUUGCUUCCUGGAUACCUGAAUGACAUUCCCAGGCAUGGAAUGUUUGUCAAAGACCUCAUUCUUUUGAUUAAUGACACAGCUGCAGUGGCUUAUGACCCCACAGAAAAUGAAUGUUAUCUUGCUGCACUGGCUGAGCAGAUUCCCAGAAAUCAUUCCAGCAUAGUCACCAAACAAAAUCAAGUGUAUGUUGUAGGAGGAUUGUAUGUAGAUGAAGAAAACAAGGAUCAACCUCUACAGUCAUACUUCUUUCAGUUUGAUAAUGUAGCAGCUGAAUGGGUUGGACUUCCUCCUCUUCCAUCAGCCAGAUGUCUCUUUGGUCUGGGAGAAGCAGAUGACAAAAUCUAUGUAGUUGCUGGCAAAGAUCUUCAAACAGAGGCUUCACUGGAUUCAGUUUUGUGCUUUGAUCCUGUGGCUAUAAAAUGGAAUGAAGUAAAAAAGCUUCCUAUCAAAGUCUACGGCCAUAAUGUGGUUUCACAUAAUGGAAUGAUAUAUUGUCUGGGAGGAAAGACAGAUGACAAAAAAUGUACAAAUAGGGUAUUUAUUUACAACUCCAAAAAAGGAGACUGGAAAGAUUUGGCCCCAAUGAAAACCCCUCGUUCCAUGUUUGGAGUGGCAAUCCAUAAAGGCAAAAUUGUGAUUGCAGGAGGUGUCACAGAAGAUGGCCUCUCAGCUUCAGUUGAAGCUUUUGAUCUUACCACCAAUAAGUGGGAAGUGAUGCCUGAAUUUCCCCAAGAGAGAAGUUCUAUCAGUUUAGUCAGUAUGUCUGGAUCUCUUUAUGCUAUUGGUGGGUUUGCUAUGAUUCAACUUGAGUCCCAGGAAUUUGCCCCCACGGAAGUCAAUGAUAUAUGGAAGUACGAAGAUGAUAAAAAAGAAUGGGCUGGCAUGUUAAAGGAGAUUCGUUAUGCCUCAGGAGCUAGCUGCCUGGCAACACGCUUCAAUCUUUUCAAACUGUCUAAAUUAUAGACAAGAAAAGUGACAAAAUGUAAUAGGUGGGAGUUUUUAAUUAUGGAUUUUUAAUUUGUUGUGUUUUAAAAAGACUGUACAGAAAUUUAUAUAGAAAUCUAUUGUUACUGUGUCAUUGUCUGAAAUGUUGGCAACUUUUGUAGAUAAUGAAAGUAAAUAUAUUCUUAAUGUAAUAAUCAGUCAUCAUAAAGAAGAUUUCUAAAAGGAGAUGAAAGAUAAAAUUGAAUUUAUACAAUCUUGUUGGUAAUCUGUCUGAUCCAAAUGUCUGUAAAGAGAUAUUAAGUUCAAAUUGUCUGUGCCUUUAUAGCUAUCAUUUGUAUUAUUAGGCUACUUUUACAUUCAUUUUCAAUUACAGUUGAAGUUGGAGGAUGGAAUGUGUCUAUUUUUUUUUAACAAAAACAAAAAACCCUUCUGUUUCUCCUGUAUCAAGUUAAAAAUUAUUGCCAAUUUCCUCAAUACAUCAAAAUAAUGAGAUAUUAAUAUUGUGCUUAGUAAUAAAGAAAAUAAUGCAAGAUUUCAGAAAUGGUGUUUAAGACCAUUAAAGGAUCUUUUCAUCACUUAAGGGAAAAAGUGUUGAAGUAAAAUAGUCAAAUUUGA